AUGUCGGCGACGUCGGCCUUCUCGUCUGGCCCCGCGUCGGGCUCGUCUCCCGGCGGAUUGUCCCUGACAUUGCAGGGGGCGUCUCCGCCUGUCGUCCCCUCGGCUUUCCUCGGAGCUAGCGGCGGGGACGGAUCGUCUUCAGCUGAAUACAUCGACGCAGUGGCGGCGGAGCGAGAGGAAGGCGAAGUUCUUGAUGUGGGGGGAGGGCUGGCGUCGGCCUCCAACCCGCAGAAAGAGUCCGAUGCGCCGGCCUCCGCGGCGGGUGCCUCGGGAGCUGCCGGCGCGUCUGGCGCGGCGCAGGGCGAGGCGGUGGCGUCGAUUGAGAGCGCCCUGGACAGUUUAGUUUCUCAGUUAAGUUCGUCGUCGCUGACGGGGGGAAGGGACUUCCACCAGCGCAUGGCAGAGCAGCUCAAGUCAGACGACACCGCCGCCCGCCUCGAAGCGACUCAGGCGUAUCGGCGGUCCCUUGCCCACCGUCAAGAGCUUGAGCAGCAGCAGGCGAAGAGUGCAAGCUGCACUUGUUCGUCGUCUGGAUCUACGACGGCCGCGGCGGGUGCCUCACACGCCUCGAGUUUUCCAGGCUUCGGCCGAGGAGGCUCGACUGUUGAGCGGGGGGAAUCCGCCCCGGGGGGCGGAAGUGGAAUGACGGGGUCGCAUGAAUCCGCGUUUGGUAGGUCAAAGUCCGGUUUCGCGUCGCUGAGUGACGCGGCGGUCAUGGACGUGACUAUUCAGGAUAUGUUGGAUCAGGACCUUGUUUGCGACGUCGUCAGAUCGGUCGGAAUGCCUCACCCGCAUCUCCAGCUCGAGAGUAUCCUCCUCGUUCAGCGGCUGUGUCGAGGGACGUUCUCGCAGACGCGGCAGAUCGUGUCGCUGGCGCUGAUUGACUCGCUGGUGCAGAUUCUUUUGGGCGUCACGCGAGGGCAUAUCGUCACGGGGGCCCCCGAGCUGCGUCUCGCAGUUCUGGGGUUGUUUACAAAGCUCGCUCAGGACUUCAAGGCGCACCGCGACUACUCGCUGCUGCGUCCCGUGUCGGGCGUCGUCCCUGCGGUGGUGGAGGCCGUGAAGGCGGCGCCGGAUCUCGAGGGCGCGCGCUGCAUCCACGCGCUCGUGUCGAGCAACCUGCAGCAGCUGAAAGUCGACAUUGCGCCGAUUUUGUCUAUUCUCAUUUGGCUGAUGAAGAACAGCGACGAUCAGGCGAUUCUCUGCCUCGCCGCGAGUGCGUGCGUGACGCUCUGCGAAAGGCCAGAGGGCGUGGACGUAGUCCUCAACUCCCCUGCUCUGCCCACCAUCCUCCACCUUCUUCACCACGACGACCAGAGAGUCGUCUUCGACGCUCUCUCUGUGGCCGCGAAAAUCGCCUUCGUAGGCAGCACCGUACAGAUUGACCGCGCCAUCAGCAUUGGGGUCGUGGAGGCCAUGGUGGAGGUGCUGCAGAAUCCCGCCGUCUCCAAUCCCACGACGCGGGCGCGCGCGUGCAACACCUUGGGAAACCUGGGCUGCGAGACGCCGAAACAGGUUCAGCCUAUCAUUGAGACUCGCGCCUUCCCUCUGCUGGUGGAGAUAUUUCAGAUGGAUCCAGACUACAAUACGCGCAUUGAGGCGGCGUACGCAGUGUGCGCGUGUCUGUCCCGAGCUGAUUCUCAGCAAGUCGGGUACAUCAUUUCGUGCACUGCGCGCCCGCCCGCGUUUUCGGGUUUCUCUCGCAAUCGCGGGUCAGGCUCCAGGGCCGCCCUCGAAGGCCCGCUCUCUUCAUCGGCCCGCGGCAUGAUGUACGGCGGCGGUUUGUCUUCGCCGUCUGCCUACCUUUCCUCGCCGCUGACGUUCUCUUCCUCGUCGAGGAUUGGCGGGUCGAGUCAACUGGGGCUUGUCUACGGGACACGCAUGGUCACGGAGAAGCCCCCGCCAGCCAUUUUGUCCUUUGGCGGGAGCAAUCCGUUUUUAGGUCUGAUCGCGGACAUGCUCGAGCUCGUCUGCGAGAGCGACCCGACCAACAGCGGGAGUCUAAAACUCUGCAAAGCCAUUCUCAGGGGCCUCGACAACAUCCUCGAGGUUGGCGCACAGGAGGCGCGCCUUCUUGGGCUGACGGAUAACCCGUAUGCCAGGCUCUUCCACGAAGUACAGGGAGAUCUCAAGCUGUCGCAGAUGCAGUUCUUCCCGGACUACAACAUUGCCGCAAAGACUCACAGCAUUUUGGAAAGAUAUUUUGAAGAUGCGACAACGUGGAACACGAGGAAAUGA